UUCUCGUUUACGUUAAUAAGUAUGCAAAUUUGAACAUUUUUAUUUCAUGGUUAAUAAUACUAAAGUAAAUAAAUAAUGUUUAUUUUUAUCAUACUCCUAAACUAAAAAUUGUAUAGAUCAUUUUUUUAAUAUGCUAGAUUAUCAUAUAUUAAUUAUUAUUAUUAAUAGGCAAUGUUUUGAAAUAUAAUUAUAAACAUUUAUCUGACCCAGGCCUUGGGGUCGUUAUUGGCAGCGAUAUCAAAGUUUAAGGUAUACCUUAAUAUACCAUAAUACUUAGUAUUUAUAUUGGCUGAAUAAUGGCAGUCCAAGUUGAAUCAAAUAUACUAGAUUCUUUUAUGAAUUUGACUUCAAAGAAUCCAAUUUGGAAAAUUGAGUUGCCGUACAGCCCUGUUGAUGUUGAUGAUGAUCCAGAAAAUGUAGAUAUAUUAUGUGAAAUGGUUCGGAAUCAAUACUUAAAACAUCUUCGUCAAAUUCUUUAUGACAACUUGGAUGUAGGACCAAAAGGUUACCAGAAAGAAUGUUUAUAUCAAAUUGAUCAAUGUGUUGAAACUUGCGUGACUGAAAUGGAAAAAAAAGCUUUGAAGAGAUGUUUGAUUGCUAGUAUUUAUCGAGAAACCAUGUCAAGUAUGAUCAAUGAAGUCAAGAACUGUACUAAAAAUUCUACAGUGUAUGCUUUGUUGCAACAAUUAAUUGAAUCAGAGAACCAAUUAGAAUGUUUAAACAAAUGUAUAGAAGAUAAAAGUUCAACUAAACAACUGGUUAGUGUUGGUGUAAACACAGAAAUUCAAUCAGUGACAUUGCAACCUCUUAAGAUUGAAGGUGAAUCUCAUCUAAACAGUAGUUUGAUUUCAAAUAAAAUAAUUAAUCAAUAUGAUGAUAUUUGUGAUGUUACUAAUUUGAAAACAUCUCCAAAGUCACAUAAUAUAGAUGAAGAUGGUUUAAAAAUUAAUAGUAAUCCUAAAAGGACAGAACCAGAAAUAUUUAGUGAUAGUAAUGUUGUGCUAGAACAUCUUACCAAUUUAAGCCCACUCAAUGAAUUUUCUAUUAAUGCAAAUUAUAAGUGUGAUACUUCUCAACUAGUAGAUUCUAAAAUCAAAUCAAAACAAGUAAAUGAUAUUGGAAGUUCUACUAAAGAUAUUUUGGGUGUCAACUCAUUAUUGAAAGAUCUACAAGACUCUCCAGUACAUAAUAAACAUUUAACAUUAGAAGAGCAAUUAAUAGCAUUAGGAUUAACAGCUGUAGAUGAUACAGAGUCAGUAAAAAAUCUGCCAAGCUCAACUACUCAAGUCCAUACAACUUCAAAACUUGUUAUGAGAUCUAAAAGAAUUAAAGAAACACUUAAAAAUAAAUUAAAAUGUGAAAGGGUUGCUAAAUCAUAUGAAUUACAGAGAAGCAUGGUUGAGUUACCUCAAGAAUUACAAACAAGACUGAAUUACAUUUUUGAUGAUUUAUUUGGGACUGGUCAUAAUUAUGAACCAGAUCCAUUAACUGAAGAAGAAGAAAAAAUAAUUGCUCACAAAAGAAUUGUCAAAUUGGUAGUAGAUUAUAUGACACCAUACUACAAGGCUCGACGCAUCAAUAGAAAUUUAUUCAAAACUCUUGCUAAAUUUAUUUCCCAGAAUCUCAUGGAUCGAACUUAUGGGCCAGACGAAGAGAUUAUAGCCAAAGCAGUUGAAGAAUUUUUUACUGGUAAUAAAUGCAUAAAAACUUUGGAAGAUGUCUACAAUUAGCCUAUUAAUUUAAUUUUUCAACUAUUAGUUGUUAUUUUUGUUUUAUUUUGGCGGCAACACAUUAUUCUAGAGUGCAUAAAAAAAUUAAUCCUUUUAUUUUAGGCAAGAGUAGCUUUUUAUUAUCUAUUUUAAACUAUCGAUUACUAUCUAUUUGUUGCUUUUGUAUUAAAUAAAUGCAUAAAAACCUUGGAAGAUAUCUACAAUUAGCCUAUUAAUUUAAUUUUUCAACUAUUAUUUAUUUGUUUUUUUUUUUAAUUUUUGGCGGCAACAUAUUAUUCUAGAGUACAUUAA